AUGGGUGGGUGCUCAUGGGAGAAAGGGGGGGAGGGAUGGGGUGGUAGGGUGAGGGACCUGGGGGGGUGUCGGAGGAACGAAGGUGGCAGGCGGGAGAGUAUAAAGGAGACGACGUUGGUUACCGACGUACGACGAUCAACGACGUCGGCCAACGACGGCACCGUAUCUACAGCAGAACUCCGUUCAUCAAAUUCGUCGGAAGCGCGGAGAACUCGGUGGAAGAACCGGUUGGCACUCUGGGUACACCAUCCCCACGGCCAAUCACAGACUCCACCUAUUCCUGAGUUGAAAACUCAGUCUAACGGAAGCCCAGGGGAACAUCUCAAGCGAGUGCUCCUGGCAUUCACUAUUUAUUUUUACACUGACGCUUCCUGAUCGAGCCUGGAGGAGCCACACGCCCGACACUUGCAGCACACGAUGCAGGGUGCAGCGAGUAGAAGAAGAGGUGAAGC